CAUUGAGAAAAAAAAAGGGAUUGCCAAAUAUGACUCAAAAUUUAAUUUUUUAAAUAUAAAAUUAUAUCUCAAUUUGAAUCAAUUGCAAAACUAAUUUAAAAGAUUCGUGAAAUUACAGCAACUCUCUUGUGACCAAACAAAAAAACAAGAAUUCAUUUUUACAAAUAUAGUUCCGAAAAAUUUUAUGAGUCUUUUGAGAAACUGUACGUAGAUGUCAUGGAAGUUUUCUAAUAUAGUUGAUCUUGAAAAUAAUUUAUAAAUUUUGUAAAGAAUAUUUUGAUAAGUGAAAAAUUGAAAUCAUGUAAUUAUUCAUAGUUUUAAGUGAUAUAAAUUAAAAUAUAUUAAAAUUGAAUUAUUUUUAACAUAGAUGAGUAAAAGUAGUGAAUCAUGAUAUUUUUUUGUCUAGGGUUUGACAACAUUAUUUGUUGUAUUGUAUGUAUUCUUAGGUUAGAUUUUGAAAAACUUAAAUGUUUUUUUGAAAAAUUAAAAUUUUACCUAUUUGAGUUUAUUUCUGUGUAUAGUAAAUACUUUUUUAAAUUUAAUUGAUUUUAUGAAGUGUUUAGUGAAUCAAUUUAUUUAGGAUUUAUAUUUAGUGUCUAGAGAAACCGUACAUAAUAUUAUUCCCGCCUAAAAUUUUAAGCAAUUUUAUUUUCCCGCUUAAAUAUUAUUUUAUUCAAAAAAUAAAAAAAUUAAAAAUUAAAAAUUUACAUAAUAAUAAUUUUUUACUAAAAUAAAACUGAAAAUCUAAAAAUAAAUCAUGAAUCCUUGUUCUUUAAAAAAAAAAGAAGAAAAAGAAACCCAAGUUCUCUCAAAUUAUCCCCUCUCCGCCGUCACACAAACUCAUCUCAGAUCUUCCACGCCUCUCUCUCUCUCUCUUUAUAUCUCUCUCUCUCGCGCUCUCUCUCUCUCUCUCUCUCUCUCUCUCUCUCUCUCUCUCUCACACCGGAGGUACAAGCCAAACUGUUCGAACGGAAAACUGUACUGAACGAGAGAACGUUCAGUUGUAAAUGUGGGUUUAGCAAAGACGUCUUAUUGAUGGUCGGAAAAGUGUUUCGUCGGUUACAAGGAAAGGGAAUGCAUAAAGGAAAAGCGAUCGGAGAUCGAGGAGCUUUGCCGGAAAGAUACAGUACGGCGAGAUAACGAAGGCAAAAACCCUAAUCUAGCCGCCCAGUAUGUAUGAGUAUUUUCGGAUCCCUUCUACGUUCCAUCCCCUCCUCUCUUUUAUAGUCGACUUGGUGUUUUCCUGUGACCUAGCUUGCAUUGUCUUCAUGGGCUUUUAACUCGCUGGGCCGAAAAGCCCACGUUGCUUCGCGGAGUCAUUUAGUCGAAAUGCAGCCGACCGGAAGUUCCCUCGCGCCGCGCCGAGAGACCGGCACCCUGAGCCGCCGCGUCGAACCGUCGUUACGUCAUGUUCGGGCCGGGCCGUCCGUUCUCCAGGCCUUGAGGGAUGGUCGAAUCCAUCCUCUACAGUAAGUCCCCCCAGUUCAUCGGUGAGUGACAUUCUGUCGAACUCGAUGAAUUUGGAGAGUUAAUGGUUUGGAAGAACAGACGGAUCGUCGCGAAAGCACGUUGCUUGGUCGACACAUCGCGAGACAUCACCAUAUACUUCUCAUUUUAUCAGGCGGUUUAAUCGAAUCUUGGUCGAACUGGUUUUGUUUGGUUAGAUCCGAUUUUCAUUUCGACCGUUGAUUCGAUUUGGGUUUGGGCCGGUUAUCGCGAGAAGUCGAAACGACGCGUCGAUUUCUUCGGGGGCUGGAUACUUUUUCUAGGCCCACGUAGGCCCAUGUAAAUUUAAUGAUGACGCCUCGGGGAGAUGCCCUGCUUCCCCUCUAUAAAUACUUGUCCACUUUUCGUUCUCUCCAUUUUUCUCCGCGUUAUCCAGGUACUUUCUCUCUCUUCCUCUCUGCUUCUCUCUCUAGAUUGUUGUUAUUGUAGCCUAGAUAGCGAUAUGUCGUUUGGUGGGAGGUUAUCUCGUAAACAGAAGGGGAAAGAGGUCGCGACUGCAUCCAGUCCCGCGAGGGACGCGAGCGGGGUUGCGCUCGAAGUAUUCGAACAGGUCCAUCAUGAAGCGAUGAUGGACACUCGGAAUUUAGAUCUGUCUCAAAGGAUUUUGGUCUCCGAGUCAGCGCGCUCAUAUCGACAAGAAGUAGGGGGAAAUCCAGCUGAGCCACAGGCCUGCGAGAGACACGGUUCGGGUGGUACGAGGGACGGUUCCCUCGUUAACUACGUGCCGACGUGCUAUUACCCUGGAGAAAAUUUUGAGGAACUCCCGGCAGUAGCUCCCGAGUUCUUGCUCUCCCCGGACGUGAGUGGCCAAGCCUGGGAGAACGUUAUCGAGACGCAAUCGACCCUUGAUAGCGUGAAGAAGCUUUUGAGGGAACGUCGCGGAUUGGGGGUGACCUUUCUGAUUCCUUCGAGAAGCCAGAGGCCUUGGUCGCCACCGGUUGGGUUCCAGUGCGUUUACGAAUCUUAUUUUCAAGAUGAUAUGAAGCUCUGGUUUCCGAUCCCUCGAUUAGUUACAUCAUACGUGAGGCGUCGAGGUGCAGCGCUAAGCCAGUUUCUAAAUGGCUCAUGGUGUAUCGCGGUUGCCUUGAUGGUUAUGGCUGCAGAGAUCGAUGUCUCUAUGAGUGUUCGCGUCUUCGAGGAGUUGACAUCCAUCAGCUCGUUGGAUGACGGCCUUUUGUCGAUAAAGAUGCGACCAAGCUAUAACGUGAUAGGGGGACAUCCUAAUAAGACGUUCGAUUGGCAGAGAUCCUAUUUCUACGUUAAGUGCGACGACUCUGCCUUCGAGGAUCCUCCGGAUGAAGACUACCGUGUGUUGUGGAACACUCUGCUUGGUAGAAUACCCUCGUUAACUCGCGCCAUUUCUUCAUAUACUAACCGUCUUUUAUUCUCAUUGUCUUUUUUCUUUGCAGCCUAUCACCCGACUUCUCGUGAGUAUCCAGAAGAAUUCCUUUCGAGCGCUCAUGUUGUUGCGAGACUCGGUCAAGAACAUUGGGGGAAUAUUUCUUGGGAGAAGGUUCACCGUUCCAUCGAUCGUAUUUACAGGAGUAAGUCCACUCUUUUCCUUCGUUCUUCUGCGAACCUUUGCUUUUGCUUUUGUAAAGGAGCUCUCUUCUGGUUUUUUUUUUUAUAUGUUGGAAGGGAUGGAGGAAACAAGUGCAGCGAGUUCGCCCUGGAGCUUAACGCUCACAGGCACGACUUACGAAGCAGCCGCCAGAUCGAAGAUUUUAACAUGAGCCUCUGCCUCCGGUGUCCCUCCUCCGCCCCGCUCCACUUCUGACCGCCGCGACUUCACUCUCUCCGGUCUAUCCGUUACUUCACUCCGGCCUUUCCGUCACUUCACUCCGGCGUUCUUCUCUGUUUGGCUCCAUGCUGUCUGAAGGUGUGACUCUGCUCAAGCUACUCCCCUCGAGUCAGGUAGAUUCAGCAGAACAACGGUUCGUUAUAGGUGAGAGGACCUUGUCUGGGAACCUCGUGGCUCCUCCUCCUCGUUCCCCAGAGCCACCAGACCCACCGGUCCCGCCAGAUCUACUCCAUUCACCUCUGAAUCGAACCAGUACGCAUCCCUAUCGUCCCUUCAGAUCCAUGAACACACAGCUUGAUCGUUACGUGCCAAACCUAGCCUUAAGAGUCGGGUCUCCACCUCUGCAAGAUUGGUGUAGUAAUGUGGAGAUUUUGGUUGAAGAAAACGUCUCCAGGCUGGUCUCUCUCCAAUACUCAGCAAAUCAAAGCUUUGAGGACUGGCUUUUGAUUGUUAAAGUAUGGGUGGUGAUUUCCUUCGUGGAUGUUCAGCCCUUCUUCCUCACCUCUGGUGGUCUUUCAACCCGCUUCAUCUACGAGAUCCGACGACAUCAUGGCGUUGAGGCAAAGCUAAACCAGAUCUGCCUUGCCGGUAGAGUCUACUGCUCCACCGUACUUGCUGCUCCCUGCUUCUCCAUCGCCAUUCAUGUUGACCUCCUCCCCACCGGUAAUGAUAAUACCACCACCGCCUCUAUCUCAGUUCGACGAAGUAUACAUGUAUCCAUCUCCAUUAUGUGUGCCCUGCAACGAUUCUCCCUUGUGCUCUGGACUACAACGACGAGUCCCACCGGACGUGGAGAGUUUGAUUUAUCAUUGCUCUCUGGUGAGCAAUCUGAGAACGACUGGCGCGACAUACCUCUCAGCAAAACCCUAUAUUGGAAUUUUAAAUCUAAAUUCAGGCAUUUCAGGCCUUCUGGUCACUGUUACGGAGUUUCUCAACUCUUAACGGCCAUGCUUUCCGACUUAUUUGAGAUUCACAUAGUCUCGUCGGAAAGUUCAGUCGGUGUUAGUACCGAUUUCGCUGGUCUAAUGGGCUGCUCAGCCACAUCCAGCUCCUCAACAGGUCUUUUUGCCGUCCAAACCUAUCUGUUAGGUCUCUUCAACGUCGAUUCUGACUAUUUCUUGCUCGCUGCUGUGAGCAUUGUUUCAAGGGUACAAGUGAAGUCUUUUCAGAUGUUUCUUUACUUUGAGCAAGUCUCCCUUUGUAACAUAUCUAUCCUUUGUGUUAUUGUUCUACAUUUGUUGUUAGUCACACUGUCGAGUAUAUCUCCAGUUGUUAUCUUCUUGUCGUUGAACAUUGUUCCGGUUGUAGUUCGUCUAAGCCGUAGGACUUUUUAAUUUUAAUAUAAUCAGUUUGUGACAAAAAAAAAAAAAAAGAAGGGAUGGAGGAAAAUGAGAUGAUAGUGAAAAAAUGGAUGGGGUAGUUAAAAUAUUUUUUUUGUACGUAGGGCAUAUUAGAUUACUUUCCUGAGAAAUAGCAUUGGGACUCUUUUAGAAGAAAAGUAAAUAGCGUUGGGACCACUAAAGCUGAUUGUGUUAUGCGACCGGUGAAGAUGUGCGUGCCAUCGUAGAAGAAAUAGGAAAUUAAAUGGUGAGGAUCCACAAUCUAUUUUUUCACGAAAAACAUCUUACAACACUGAAUGUCUUCCAAACUAUAGUCUUGUACUAUGUUUCUUUAAAAAAUAGUUUAAAAUCUAUAUUUUUCCGAAUUAAAAAAGUUGAAAACGUAAAAAAACAAAAAUUCAAAGUUUUAGAUUUUAGACUACACAAACCCGAUUGAAUUGAUUUAAAGUUUACCAAUUAACUAUUAACCAUUUUAAAAUUGAUACUAAACCAAAAUUAAACCGUAUUACAACAAAACUCAACUCCUCUAAACCAAUUUUAUACCAAAAAACAGGAAAAACCUUUUGGAUGAGGUCUCGACGGUUUGUGACUCGGUGAUUGCCUAUAUGAUUGUUAGAUUGAACAGCGAAUCGGGAGGUGUAUGUGCCAAUUCGACGGCAAAGAGCACGGGUAAAAUGAUGAUAGAAUCUAUGAAGCACGGGGACGUCUGUUUAGGUGCCGUACCGGUACCGGAAACGUUUCGGGGACAGAUACUUCACGGGGACAUCACUGGUACGGCUUGGGGACGGUUAGAGAACUUAGUUGUCUAAUAGGACUAGUUUUCACAGGACUGUUAUGCUGCUUGAUUGAAGUAAGAUAAACUUGAGCCAAAGCACUUAUAGCAGGAGCCGAAGGUACAAGCUUUGGCUAGGAAGCCUCGUGCCCAUCAACGCCUUGCCCUCUCUCUCCUUAGAAAUAGACUAAAACUUCUUUUUAUAGUUUGUUUUUUAUUUUUAGUUAACAAAAUAGACAUAUUAUAGUAAAUUUAUAUUUAAUUAUGUUAGAUUAACUAUAUACUUUUGUUAUUCUAUAAAUAUUCUAUAUUUUUUAAUAGUAUAUAUAUGCCGUCCCCGUAUCCAUAAUUUUUAAAUUUUUCCGUUUCCCGUCCCCGUAUCCGUCCAGGUGCAACAUAGGAUAGAAUCAUUUUCAUCAACUAUUCCAAAAGGGGACUCAAUUUAUCUCCCUAGCUCAAGAAAAGUUCUCAAAAGCAGUAAUCAUUCUAGUUGUAUUAUCCGAAAAGGUUAGGAUUAAAGGAGAUGGGUUUUGAAAAGAUGACGCCUAUUAUGGUUGUUGUUUUUCUUUUGUUUAACAAAGACAAUGUUGAUUACAUAACAUACUAGUCUUGUUGAUGUGAACCGCUCUUGUGGCUUUGAAGCUACCACAAUGCUCCGUUGUGCAGUUUUUGGCAUAUCUAUAAAUAGCUUUGAGGUCGUUACUUCAACUGAAUAGGUCAACGGAUUUCUCGUGAUGAGAUAAAAAAUAUGUAUAUGGGUCUUUCAUUUUUGAGUCUGCUUUUAGCGUGAAGAAGAGGGUUUUGGAGCGUUUGUGAAAAGCAGCAGUAAUUUUAAUUAAUGAAGUAGAAGAGCAAAAAGAAGAAAAGAUGUUGAGAAUUUUUUUGCCUUCUCAUGGUUUGUUUUAGUUUGUUUAGAUUUAGUCAGAUUAUUUUGGUUUAUAAAUAGGAGAAUUGCCAAAAAUAUCAUUUUCCUUAUACCACUUUUAAAUUAUACCUUAACCAAGUUUAGAGCUAAAUUUUUAAUAGGCAAAAUAGCAUUGUACCCCUCAUUUCAUUAAUUUAAACUGGAUUAAUUCCUUCUCCAAAUGUCUGUCACGAGAUGAAAUUGAGACGAGCUCCAACGAGAUCUCCGGCGAACUCGGCGAUCUCCGGCGAACUCGGCGAUCUCCGACGAACUCGACCGACGAUCUCCGGCGAAUUCGGCUAUCUUCAAGUUUGUUUGUUUGUUGUUAAUUUGUCAAUAGAGAGAGUGUUGGCGUGAGGAUGAGCUGUUAUCGAGGUAUACCGAUUACUUUGCAAAGGCACUCUCCGGAGUAGCGUUCCCAUGGGUGAAGAUGUUCAACGAGUCUCCUAAUUUGUCCACUCUCAUCGAUGUUUCCUUGUCUCAUAUUCCUCAAUCUAUCUACGGAACAACACGCAAUUGGAUGAACAUGCCUCCAGUUGAAGUUAAGUAUUUCUCUGCGUUUAUAUUGUGUGCCUUUGAUCAGAUCCUCAUUGAUUUGGAAGCACAAUAAGGGGGUGGUGACGACUCCAAAUCUCAGGUGGGAAUGUUUGUUGCAUUAGCCAUCGUUUUGCAUUGUAAACCUGAGGCGUUGACUAGUGUAUUACCGACUCUGAGAGAGGAUCCUAAGUAUCAAGGUCACGACAAGCUUCCCCUUACUGUUUGGAUGAUUGCUCAGGGAUUUGAAGCCUGAGAACUUUCUGUUGCUGAACGAAGAUGAGAACUCUCCUCUCAAAACCAUUGACUUUGGUCUCUCCGAUUUCUACAAGCCAGGAGAUGGGUUCAAGGAUAUAGUGAGUGAUGCUUAUUACAUGGCACUAGAGGCUUUGAAAAGGAAGUAUGAAUCAGAAGCUGUUAUCUGAAGUAUUGGUGUCAUGAUAUUGUAUAUCAUCUUAUGUGGUGUCUCACCCUUCUAGACUGGUAAAAAUAUUCAUUUCAUUAUAUCUAGAGAUUAUUUUUAAUAUAAAAAUGUAUUCAUGUGUUGAUUACCUGAUAAUCAUAGAAUCGGAGAAUGGAAUAUUCAACCCCACAUUAAAGGACUUGUUAGAUUUUUUAAGUGAUCAUGUUGUAAUCAAUCCUUCAUGGUGCAAUAAUUGGUUACAUCAUAUGUCAUGUAUUUAUAUUUAAGCUUUUAUAAAUAUUUAUAACUGAUUUACAUACUCUUAAAUUGAUCUAUGAAACUUUAUAAAAUGAUUUUUAACUCUCUAUGAUUUAUAAAAUCUUAUAAAUUUGUUGUAAAAAAUGUUAUAAACUCUUACUAUUACACAUAUAAAUAAAAGUAUUAAUUAUUUUUAACCAAUUUAUAAAGACUUAAAAAUAAUUAUAAACUCUUAUUG